AUGGAGCGAUUCCCUCCACCCCCGGACCUGCCACAACCCACACCCAAGCCCGUCGGUAUGUCGCGCGACUUCAGAAACAGCAUCAUCAAGCGCGUUCAUGACCUCGUGGCGGACGGAACAGAUGACGGUCUCAAGGACGAAAAGUGUCAGGUCCUGCACGCCUUGUUGGAUCUAUUCUCCGCCGGCGAUCAGUCGGAAAGGAGACUGGAUCUGGUCCAACGCUUCGUUCGACAAUUUGCAGACUCCACAGAACUUUUGCAGGGCGAGAAGCUUGAGGCAAUGGACGCUGUGUUGACGUCAUUCCAAGACCCCAACAUGAAUCAAGCGCAUCUGCAGGAGAUCAAAGCAAUCCACGAAGCGCCCCGGCAGAUUCCAAUCACACCUACCACCAGGUUCUCCAAACUUGAAAAGAAAUACUUCUCCAAGGCGUUAUGGUCCGCCCUUUGGGUCACUCCCUUCAAUAGUCUGCAAGAAUUCAGUCGCAAGAUCAGCCGCCAUGAAAUCAGAUGGUUCGAUAUUCGCAACCUGUUUCUCGCCAUUUCGGAUGACUUGCCUGACGUGAUGGACAUUGUCAACAACCGCAAAUAUGACAAUCCCCAAACCCCACAAGUCGCGUCCUCCUCCAAUAGUCUUCGUACUGCCACUCCUGGUCUCAGCUCCCGUAUGUCGCUAGCAUCUGCAGAUCCGCCUCAGGAACUUUCCCUAGGCUCUCCAGCUAUGGAUUUGCAAAACGAGCCACAGACCCCGCAGAAUCCCCCCGGUCCUGCUUCCCCGACGACAGGAAAAGGCUCUAUUGCUUCUACCAAGAGCCCUCUUUCAAGAAACCCAUCGGGCCCAACUACCCCAACCAUGGUUCAGAAAAGGGGCACUACGAGUGGCAGCGGCCCAAGAGGCAGCACAAGAGACAGCCCGGGAGGGUCGAGUACCAAAUCUCCCAGUCUCAAUCGCCCCCGGAGCGCGACAAGCCGAGACAUUGCUCACGAACGAGACGACUACAAGUGUCGUGCACUGGGUACAGAACACAACGAGGUGGCCCACGCCUACCCGCAGAAGAAAAUUGAGCACGCGGGAGUUUGUGCCCGAAAGAUAGAGUGUCUUGCGUUCCUGUUCGGAAAACAGAAGAUUCAGGAGUAUCAGGAUGCUCUACGCUCGGGCUUUCUGGAAAGCCCAGCGAAUCUCAUCGCUCUCGAUGAAGGCGUACGCACCAUGUGGGACCAGUGCAAGAUCACGCUAAGAGUCAAAUCAUUCAACGAGAACGAAGUCAAUCUGGCACUUCAUUAUCUCCACGACUCGGAGCUGAGGAACAGGACGAGAGCCCCAGCACGAUACAGGUGGGAGAAUGAUCUCACGGUGACCCCUGCGGACGUACUCUUUGAUUUGACGCAAAAGCCGAGCGUCUUGGAGGAAUCGAGUGUCUCCGACGAGAACACCAUCUUCAGCGGACCCGAGGGGGUGGACCUGGUCUGUACGGCUACACAGCAACAUUUUCAAGAUGGAAGCACGUUCAAAGUGUAUGCGGAAGAUCCAGAGUUGCGCCCUGAUCCAAUUCUGCUCGAUCUACGCGACAAACUUGCUGUGAUGGCGUCCCUCCUGGGCGCCGCCGAAUACAUGGACGACGACGACGAUCAUGGCAAUGACAGUGAGGGAACGAGACAAUCGGCGGUUGAUGAAGCCGAAGACUAUCAAAGUGUUGAUGGGGAUAUAUCCGACAUGGGCGAGGAUCUUUACAUGGAUGAUGACAACUAUAGGUAUGAUUCAGAUGAGUGA